AUAGCAUACUCAACUAGGGUUUGUUAGUUUGCUUUGCCAAUACUCUUCAAAACUCCCACAUAUAAACACUAUCUUUCCAUAAUCCGAUUAUAUAUCCAAUGGCUCUACCAGAAGUUCCCAUCGAUACCUUUACGAACACCGGAAAGGUGUCGUUUGUGAACACCAGAGAUUCGGAGAGAGCUUUCGUGACGUUUUUAGCCGGAAAUGGUGACUACGUGAAGGGAGUGGUAGGUUUGGCAAAGGGGUUGAGGAAGGUGAAGAGUGCUUACCCUCUCGUGGUGGCGAUCUUGCCAGACGUGCCGGAGGACCACCGUGAGAUGUUGAGGUCUCAGGGUUGCAUUGUUCAUGAGAUUGAGCCAAUCUACCCACCUCAAAACCAUGUUCAGUUUGCUAUGGCUUACUAUGUCAUCAACUACUCCAAACUUCGUAUUUGGAAUUUCAAAGAGUACAACAAGAUGGUCUAUCUCGAUGCAGACAUUCAAGUUUUUGAAAACAUUGAUCAUCUAUUUGACAAGCCUGGUGGGCACUUCUAUGCUGUGAUGGACUGUUUUUGCGAAAAGACAUGGAGUUCCUCACCACAGUUCUCGAUUGGAUAUUGUCAACAAUGCCCGAAUAAGGUGACGUGGCCGGCUGAGAUGGGUUCACCCCCUCCCUUCUACUUCAAUGCUGGCAUGUUUGUGUUUGAACCUAACCAAUUGACUUAUGAAAGCCUUCUUCAGACUCUCCAAAUCACUCCACCAACACCCUUUGCGGAACAAGAUUUCUUGAACAUGUUUUUCCAAGACAUUUACAAACCCAUUCCUCUGAACUACAAUCUGGUUUUGGCAAUGUUAUGGCGCCACCCUGAGAACGUUGAGCUUGAAAAUGUUAAAGUAGUGCACUACUGUGCCGCUGGAUCAAAGCCAUGGAGGUACACGGGGAAAGAAGCUAACAUGGACAGAGAGGACAUCAAGAUGUUGGUUGCGAAAUGGUGGGAUGUUUACAACGAUGAGUCGCUUGAUUACAAACCCGAACAAGAUGCUUCUCCAGAGGGAGAGACCUUCUCAAGGUCCUCAAUCAUGGCUUCCAUGCCCGAGCCUGCAAUUUCCUUCAUCCCUGCACCUUCUGCAGCUUAGAAACCAUGAGAAAUGUCUCAAUGAGUACUCAAAAUUGGUUGUAACCAAUCCUUAUUAUGCUUGACUUUUUUAGGCUACUUAAAGCCUUUAUGUUUUGGUGAGACCUCACAAGGUUCAUCUAAACUCUUAAUGUAUCUGCUGUUUUGAAUGUGUGUCAACCAGCAAAGAAAUGAAACUAAUAUAUGUGAAAAAACAAAUAACAACUUUGUUGUAUAAUUUGUGCAUCUUGGCUUAAAUAUGUAUUAAUUUCAAUUUGGGGA